CUCACACACAGAAGUGCUAAAGAGAAGAGCAUUCUGUGUUUGUAAGGCCUUGACUCACGCACGCAUGAUGGAGAAACAAGACGGGACGCCAGACUUCCACAGACUGACCUCAGCUGAGAGCUGGAGCUCGGAUCGGUCCAGCGACUCGUGUGAAUACUAUCAGACGGAGAUAUUUGGCCUGUUGCCGAGCUCACAGGCUCAUCGGCGGUUUCACGCAGAAGCCAUCGCAGAUGAUCCGGAUCAGAGUCUGCUGGACAGAGUCUCCUGGAACCCCAGCGUCCCGCUCCGAGAUCUGCCCGUCUGUCUGCAGGACAAGAGAGACAUCCGAGAGCGGCAGCACCUGCAGAGCCACAGCAUUAGCUACUGGGACUCGUGGAGGCGGAGCCAGCAGAAAACAAGGCGGCGCUUAAAGGAACAUGUGGGCGGGGCCGUAUCAGGACUGUUGCUGUGGAGACACACGCUCCAUAAGAUCGAAGGUCAGUUUGGGGUCGGGGUGAAGGCGUACUUUGUGUUCCUACGUUACCUGGUGUGUCUGAACCUGCUGUACUGCGUCAUCAUCGCCGGAUCGGUGCUGACGCCAACCCUGGUGUUCGCACAGAACUCAAAUACUCACGGAUCUCUGGGAUUCCAGAACUUCUCAUUCAAAGACUUUUUUGUCGGAUCGGGUGUUCUUGAAUCCUCUCCAGUGUUUCAUAGUUUCUACACUCGUGGAUCUCUUGAUUUAGAUUGUUUAAACACUCCGAUCCUCUUUCUCCUUGGCAUGACCUCUGUCCUCUUCCUCAGCAUCAUGAUGGUGGUCCGCAGGACAGUGGUCGGCUACAAACACUCGUGGCUCACAGGAAAUCGCUUCAGCUCCAACUUGAGUUACAAGGUGUUCUGUGGGUGGGAUUUCAGCAUCCAGAACCCUCAAGCAGCGUCACUGAAACAAAACUUCAUCAGAAACGAACUCAGGAUGGAUCUAGAAGAGCAGACGUUUCAGCAGAGAGUCCAGCAGCGAUCUCUCAGACACUGGGUCGAGCUCAUCUUCCUGCGGAUCCUUCUGAACUUCCUGGUGCUGGUUUUUCUGGGCAGCUCAUUCGCCCUGAUAUAUUUUGCCAUCGACAAGUCACAAAUUAAGUAUGAGAAUCAUUGGAUUGUGUGUCUGAUGUUAGAGUAUCUUCCUCCGAUCACAAUGACGACAGUAAACUACAUACUUCCACACGUUUUCAGUAAGAUCUCAGAGUUUGAAGAUUACUCGCUCACCAUCCAGCUGAACCUCACACUAAUCAGGAGUAUUUUCCUAAAGCUGGCAUCUUUGGGCAUCUAUCUGUUCUACUUCAUUAAAGCUCAAGCAUCUAUGAAUCAAAAAACACACAAGUGCACAGAGAAUGCGUUUGGGAAGGAGAUGUACAAGCUCACCAUCUUUAACCUCCUGGAGUGUUUCUUCAAUGCGUUUUGUGUGGCCUACCCAAGAAUGUUAUUGGUGGAGAGGUUUCCAUCCUCAAAGCUGGUGCAGUUAUUAGGCAAGAAGCAGUUUGAGAUCUCCUUCAAUGUUCUGGAUCUGGUCAACAGUCAGACAGUCACGUGGGUCGGCGUGUUUUACUGUCCUCUGCUGCCAGCCAUCAACACCAUCAGGCUGCUGUUCUUCUUCUACGUCAAGAAGUUCACAGUGGUGCGGUGUUGUGCGCCGGCUCAGAGAAUGUUUCGGACCGCAAGUUCAUCUGUUCUCUUCCAUUUCAUGCUGUUGUUGGGUCUCUUCAUGGCUGUGGUCACAUUAGUUGUCAAUAUCAACAGGGUUGAUCAGGGUGGCUGUGGCCCGUUUGAAGGCAACAGGACCGUGUUUAAUGUGACGAGCGUGUGUUUAAAGACACUUCCGGAUCCGGUCCAGACCACCAUCAACUACAUCUCAUCUGAGGCCUUCGCCUUCACUCUCAUACUGGCUGAAGUUGUCAUACUGACGUCGUACGUGUCUUGUGGACGAGCGAAUCGUAAAGCCAUCGAGAGACUGAAGGACAUGUUGGUGAUGUGCAGCUCUGAUAAACGCUUCCUGGUGAAGCAGCACUCGACGAUCAUGAGACGACAGCAGAGAACACGCUAACAUCCCGUGAAAAAAUACGAUAAAAUUUAAACAAAUGGUAACUUAAAAACUUCCUCUUUGUUUAAAAAAACAAACAAGAAAUUACACUGAACAACUUGAUCUGAAGCUAUACUCAGCAAAAAUGGUCUGUGUGUUUAUAAGUGUCAUGAAAAACUAAAUUACACCAGCUUUUGGCUGUAAUGUAAAUAAACAUCAGAGGGGAAAUAAAGUAAAUUCACCAAAUGUAUGAUAUGAGUCUUUUAAAGUUGAGGAAGAGGCAGGAUUUGCACUGAUUUCAUCUCAUUCAGAGCUUUAUUCUCUGUACUCAUGACCUUUGACCAAAGUUCACCUAAAUGUCAGUUUAAUGUGCAAAGGCCUGUUUACACCAGUAACAAUAACUAUAUUUGCAUCCACACCAACGCACAAUAAUGUUUUGUUUAUUAUAGGCAUGCUGCAGUUUUGUUGCCUGUCACUUUAAAUGCUUUUAAAGACUGAUGGAUUUUGAUUGGCUGUCAAUGUUUUUAUUGUUCAUCAGAUGGAAAAUAAUUGCUUUGAAUGUGAUUCCAACAUGGUUCCUCUGUAGUUAUCGUUAUACAGUAGUUGUGUUGUGGAAAUGUUAUAAUUGUAUUCACUGUCCUCGUUGUGAACGGGCUUUAAAUAUCAACAUACUGUAUCAGUACUGUAAAGUAUGUUUGUGUUCUGUGAUGUUUAUGGAAACAGUAUUUUUGCAAUUCGUGUGGUACUUUUAGUGUUUUUACAUUUUAAAGCUCUUGGUCAGUAUUAUUCACACAUAAUAUAAUAAUUUUGUUAUGCUUUAGUUCCUUAAGUGUGUGCAUUUCAGUUCAUUUGUAAAUGUAUUCUCACAAUAAAGUGUUAUAUUAGUAUCA